GGGACCCCGCGGUCCAGCUGCUGGCCUGCACUGGAGCGGGCGGCCUCUAUGGCCUCCAGCCUGGCCAGGCCCAACCUCGCAAGGUCCUAGAGCUGGGAUAUUGGGAGGCAGGGAGCAUGGUGGGGGUCCUGGCCAUGGCGGCAGCUGCAGCUCCCCCUCCCGUGAAGGACUACGAGAUUGAGCCAUGCAAAAAGCGAAGGAAGGAUGAGGACAGCCCUUCAUGCAAAACAAUUACCAAGUAUUUAUCACCAACACGGAAGACUACAGACAAGGUUUUUUCUCCACCAAAAUCCAGUAAUAUUCUGCAUUAUUUUAGAAAGACUUCUCCUACAAGUGAGAAGGUACAAUCAGCAAAGGAGUGCAAGAUCAAGUCAUGUACCUCAUCGCUUAGUGAUAAUAGCAAAGUGUGUAAGACCCCUUUGGAAGUGUUCUCAAAUACAGAGUUCAAGAAAACAGGGAAGAGAGUUAAUUUAUUUCAUCAACUGAAUUAUAUGAAAGCUGAGACUGAAUCUCCAAUUGAAAUUAGUAGUGAUGAUAGUUUAAAUGAUUUUGUGGAAAGCAGUACCUCUGUUGUUCUUCACAAGAAACACAUGGACGUUCUUGCAGAAAGUAUUCAGAAUCGCACAAACCAGACAAAUCCUAUGACUUCCAAAAAAAAUCCUAAGAAAGGAAAUCCUAAACAAGGCACCACACGAAAUGAUUGCAAAAGCUUGAGAAAAAGGAAGCACAAAGAUGUAAUAGACCUCUCAAACAAUUCACCUUUGGCAAAGGAGGUGAUCCUGCCUAAAAAAGAUGGUAAAGCUGGUAAACAGACCAUGCCUUCCCUGACUCAUGAAAUGGAGAGUACCUCAGAUGAUGUAAACUCUAGUGAUCAAGGGACUGAAACAGCCCAUUUGAAUGACAGUACAAUAACUGUCUCAUAUGAAGAAUUUUUAAAAAGUCACAAUGAAACUAAAGUAGAAGAGGUACCUGACCCUACAGGGUCAAUUUGUCUAUCUUCUGACACUGUGGACAUGAUCAAAAGUGGAUAUACAAGUGAAUCAGAAAACUCAGAGAUAGCUCAGCAGGUGCACCUAAAGACAGUUACUGUUCUUGCACAAGUUCACCCCACUCCUCCCAAAAAGACAAGGAAAAUACCCUCAAUUUUUUUGAAACAGAAGCAACUUGAGAUGGAGAAUAGUCUAUCUGAUCCGGAAAAUGAACAGACGGUUCAGAAAAGAAAAUCUAACGUUGUCAUACAGGAGGAAGAAUUAGAAUUGGCAGUGUUGGAAGCUGGAAAUGCUGAAGCUGUAAAACCAAAAUGCACCUUGGAAGAAAGACAGCAGUUUAUGAAAGCAUUUAGGCAGCCAGUAUCAGAUGCGCUUAAAAACGGAGGUAAAAAGUCUAUGGAUAAACAGAAAGACCUCAGUGACAAAUCUUUAAAUGAAGAAGGAGAUGAUUCUAAAAAAAUCUUGGAAAAUCCCAAUAUCCAAAUAACUUUAAAUCAUAGCAGUCCACAGUCACACACAGAUAAAGGAAGUAAAAAGCUAAAGAAAAAGGGUAAGAAAACUUUAGCUACGAGGGCUACUCCAGGUGAAAACAGAGAAGAAAAUACUCCAAAGAAAGAUACAGCCUGUUCCUUAAAAGAUAAACCAAGUCAAAAUAGGCUUAGAAUGAGUUUAAGACAAAAGAAAUCAGAAGUUUUCAAAAGCAGUACAUUAUUGAACAGUGAAAGUCUUCUUUGUGAAGGUGGUGCAAGUGAUGUCCCUCUAAGAGUUUCUUCUUUCUGUGACAAAACUAAAUCAUCAAGAAAAACCAGCACACCAAUUAAAAAUAAGGCUGUACAUUGUAGAGCUGAACUUGAAAAUAGACUGGUAAAUGCUUCCACGCCCAAAUCAACUAGGAGGUCUAUAAGAAGUAGCAGCACACCUACAUCAGCCAGCCUUAGAGGUGCUCAUUCUAAAGGUGCGCAGGACACCAGUCCAGUGAAGGCUUCUACUCCCAAAGCAUCCAGUGUGUUGGAAAAGCAUAGUUUAUACACAGCAGAAUUGAUAACAGUAUCCUCUGACUCGGAGAGCCCUAUUCGAAUGAAAUUCACCAGAAUUAGUAUUCCUCAAAAGUCUAAGAAGAAAAGAUCUAAGAAAUCUGAAGCAACAGAUGGAGAUCUUAGAAAGGUGAGUAAUACUUCAAAAAAUAUAUCAAAAGCAAAACAGUUGGUUGAAAAAGCAAAGGCUUUACACAUCAGUAGAUCAAAAGCUACCGACGAACUGGUGAUACCUUUAAGGCGUUCCUCCAGACAUCAGACACUUCUCGAGAGGAAGAAAUCCCCAGAGACAGAUGAUUCUGUAAUAGUAAUAGAUUCAAGUCCUUCCUCUUCACAGCAAUCAGAGGAAAAUCAGAAGAAACUUCCCUGUUUGAAUGACAUACUAGGAAAAAAACUUAACCAGCCUUCUAAAAAUGUAUCUGGAAAAAUGAAAGUUGCUCCUUUAUUUCUUGCUAAAAAGGCUCAAAAAACAGCAAAUCCUGUCCUUGAUUUUGAUGACAGCAGUCAAGAUAAAUCUCAGGAUUGUGAUGUACAAUUUAAAGCAAGACGGGAUUUUCUAAUGAGUGGUUUGCCAGAUUCUUUGAAACGACGAAUUGCAAAGAAAGCUGCUGCUCUGGAUGUGUACAAUGCCGUGAGUACCAGUUUCCAGAGAGUGCUCCACGUGCAACAGCAGGAUGAGGGCUGUUGGUUAUGGCAUUUGAAGCCACCAUCUUGUCCUCUGUUAACUAAAUUUAAAGAACGGAAUACUAAAGUAACAGAUCUCUCAAAAUGUUUUAUUGCUCUCGGUGAAUUUUCAACAUUGAAUUUAACUCCAAAAAAUAGUUCUUCAGUCAUGCUUAUCAGGACAAGGAAGGAUUUUACUACAGAAGUAAGAAAUCUUUUGCUGGAGGAAAUUAGGUUGUCAAAUCCUGACUUUUCAUUGGGAAAAUAUUUUCCUUUGCUUCUAAAAAAGCGAAUUGAGCAUCAAGUACUUUCUGAACAUCAUGGCAAAAAAGAGAAGCCACAACUCGAGCCUGGUGUCAAGCAAAGAGAAACUAAAAGGAAACGAGUGGAAACAGGAAACCAAAAGUCAAAAAGAAAAAAACCAAAUGAACUUUCAGUAAGUCCAGAAGAGAUAAAAGGGACGUUAGAAGAACUUAACAAAACAAACAACUCUUCUGGGAUAAAUCCAGAUUCUUCCAAAGAUUCUGGUACUGAAGACAUGCUUUGGACAGAAAAGUAUCAACCUCAGAAUGCAAAUGAACUCAUAGGCAAUGAGUUGGCUGUGAAAAAAUUGCAUAGUUGGUUGCAAGACUGGAAAAGAAGAGCUGAAUUGGAAGAAAAACAGAAUUUGAAGGGAAAAAGAGAUGAGAAACAGGAAGAUUUGUCGGAUAGCACAGAUUUUAAAGGCAGUUCUGAUGAUGAAGAAGAGAGUCGUCUUUGCAAUACUGUUCUUAUAACGGGGCCAACCGGUGUGGGAAAAACCGCUGCAGUGUAUGCUUGUGCUCAGGAGCUUGGAUUUAAGAUAUUUGAAGUUAAUGCCUCUUCCCAGCGAAGUGGUAGACAAAUUCUAUCCCAACUGAAGGAAGCCACUCAGUCCCAUCAAGUAGAUAAGCAAGGUGUAAACUCACAAAAACCUUGUUUCUUUAACAGCUACAACAUUGGCAAGUCACCAAAAAAAUUAAAUUCCCCUAAGAAAGUUGUCACAUCGCCAAGGAAACUCCCUCCAUCAUCACCAAAACUUGGUGGACAAAAGCGAGCACUUCCUCCUAAAACUCUGGCAAAUUACUUUAAGGUUUCUUCCAGAUCCAAAACUAAUGAAGAAGUUGGGGUGCUUAUGGAAAAUAAUAAAGAAAUCAAAAGUUCUUUGGAACAGAAGCAAAUUACUCUGAAUAAAUCCAUAAAUACAAAUAAUUCAAAUAUCAAAGAAUUUGGAGCUGAAGAAUCCAACAGGAAAAAUGCAACUUCUCUCAUUCUCUUUGAGGAGGUUGAUGUCAUUUUUGAUGAAGAUGCCGGGUUUUUGAAUGCAGUCAAAACGUUCAUGGCCACAACUAAACGACCUGUAAUCCUUACCACCAGUGAUCCAACAUUUAGCUUAGUGUUUGAUGGCUGCUUUGAAGAAAUUAAUUUCAGUAUUCCUUCAUUGCAAAAUGUUGCUAGCUACUUACAAACAAUCUGCCUAGCAGAGAAUUUCAGAACUGAUACUAAAGACUUUGUAACCUUGCUCACUGCACACGGUUGUGACAUUAGAAGAAGUAUGCUCUACUUACAGUUCUGGAUCCGGGGUGGAGGUGGACUCUUACAAGAAAGGCCAUUAUCCCAUUGUCGAGAAAAUAGCAGAAAUAUACUCACUUGCUCUGAAGAUGGAUCACAUUCCAAAAGUAAAGCUAAAAAUGCUAAAAAGAAGUGUAUAGAACUUCCCAAAUGUGACACUGGCUGUGUUGAAACUUUGUUUGGCCUCAAGAACAUUUUUCCCAAAUCUGAAGACUUAUUUUCAUUUUUAAAGCACAAAUUCACAACAAAGGAAGAAUGGCAGAAACUCAUUCAGCUUCUUAUAGAAUUCCACACAUGGAAUAUAGAUUUUUUAUAUAGUAAUCUUGAGUUCAUUCUACCACUACCAGUUGACAUCAUUCCAGAAGUAAGAAAUGUUUUUGGCUCAUCGGUGACUCUGGACGCCAGUGCAGCUACGGGAAGCAUUAAGUCAGAAGAGAAGCCACUGAAAAAGUCACAGAAAAAGAAACAGAAAAAGAUGGUGAUCCUAGAUGAUAGUGACUUAUUUGACACUGGAUUGGACUUUUCAGAUGACUUGAUUAGCCUAUCCCCUGCUUCUUCCUCAACUUUAGAAAAAAGCACAGGCAGAGACAAUGAGAGCAACCCAGAGACAAAGAAAGUAAACAAAUGUUCAGAGUCCAGCACUGAAUCUAUUCCUCCUAAAACACUAGCAGAAAAAAAGUGCUCUCUCCUUGUUUCUCAUUGUCUGAAUUCUCUCACCGAGUUCAUGGAUAACAUCUCCUUCUUGGAUUCCCUCGUAAGGAAUCCAAGAGAGCAACAUGAGUGUGGUAGAAAUGACUUUCACUGGACAAGUGGGAAGGUUAAAAGUGGACUUUGUGAUGAGUUUGGUGUCGAGAACAGUGAUGGAUGGACUUCUCAAAGCUGUGCAGAACUAAAGGCAACUGCAGAAGCUCUCAGCUUUACUAAAUGCUCUUACGCUAUUUCAAAAGCAUUGGAAGCCUUGAAUUCAUGCAAAAAAUUAGGAAGAGAUCCAACCAACGAUCUGACUUUAUAUGUUUCACAAAAGCGCAGCAAUGUGUGCUUCAGCCAGUCAGCAGCUAACUUGGACAAUGCAGGGAAAAGGAUAGCAGUCAUUGAACGUGUGUUUUCUAGCCGAUCUUUUCUGAAUCUGGGUAAUAAACAAGCUAGUAUAAUUGAAUACCUGCCAACUCUUCGGAACAUCUGUCGGACUGAGAAGCUAAAAGAAGAAGGCAAAAAUAAAAGAAGGUUCCUACACUAUUUUGAAGGAAUUCAUCUUGAUAUUCCCAAAGAGACUGUGAAUACUUUGGCAGCUGAGUUCCCGUAACAAUUCCCCAUUGACAAUAUCUUGUACAGAUUAUGCAGUUUUAAAGAUACAUUUUUAUUAUGUUAAUUUUCAUGGAAGAAUUUCUCUUACUGUAAAUUGUAAAAGACUUUAUUUUUUGUUAUGGAAAUAUUUAAAAUGAAAUUUUUGACUUUUGUAUAUAUGAUGUGAGUUUUUUUAUGAAAUUUUUAUAUUAUUUUUGUUUUGUUGG